GGCCCGGAUAAGUAUGGCGAUCCUCGGAGCGUUUGUGUCGUUGUUCACCCCGCAGGCAGGUUCUCGGGUCACCUGGCGAGUCUGCUUCCGGGCCCGCGCUCGGCCCCGGCCCGGUUCCCUGUUCCGGUCCGUGCCCGGGGUCUGCGGGGCUGGCACGCCAUGCCGUGGGCUCGGCUCCGAGGCGGAAUCUGGUAGCUCAAAGAUCAAGAAACCUACCUUUAUGGAUGAGGAAGUCCAAAGCAUACUCAUCAAGAUGACAGGCUUAGAUCUGAAGAAGAUUUUUAAGCCAGCUAUACAAGAAGUGAAGCCACCAACUUAUAAGCUAAUGACCCAAGCACAGUUGGAAGAGGCUACAAGACAGGCAGCCGAGGCGGCUAAAGUCCGAUUAAAAAUGCCACCAGUUCUGGAAGAGCGAGCGCCAAUAAAUGACGUGUUAGCUGAAGAUAAGAUUUUGGAAGGAACAGAAACAGCCAAAUACGUGUUUACUGAUAUAUCAUAUUGCAUACCACACCGGGAGCGUUUUAUUGUUGUCAGAGAACCAGGUGGCACACUACGCAAAGCCUCUUGGGAAGAAAGGGACCGGAUGAUUCAAGUUUAUUUCCCAAAAGAAGGUCGUAGAGUUUUAACACCAGUAAUUUUCAAGGAAGAAAAGCUUCAGACCAUGUACAGCCAGGACCGGCAUGCUGAUGUCCUCAAUCUCUGCGUUGCCCAGUUUGAGCCAGAUUCUGCUGAAUAUAUCAAAAUUCAUCAUCAGACCUACGAAGAUAUAGAUAAAUAUGGAAAGUAUGACCUUUUACGUUCAACAAGACACUUCGGUGGAAUGGCUUGGUAUUUUGUAAAUAAGAAAAAGAUUGAUGGUUUACUGAUUGACCAGAUUCAGAGAGAUUUAGUCGAUGAUGCCACCAGCUUGGUCCAGCUCUAUCACAUCCUCCAUCCAGAUGGCCAGUCAGCUCAAGAGGCCAAAGAGCAGGCUGCUGAGGGAUUACAUUUAGUUAAGGUCUUUGCAGAAACAGAAGCACAGAAGGGAGCAUAUAUAGAAUUAACACUGCAGGCUUAUCAAGAUGCAUUCAUUAGCAAUUCUGCAGCUUCCUAAAAAUACUUUUUAAAUAAAUUUCAUUUUACUAAA